ACGGGCAAAAAAGUGUACCGGACGGUGAUAUUAGCGGAGGCAACAUGGUUUGAACCGCGCGGACACGGGCUUACAACCGGCCCGGUGCCCAGGCGGCCGUGCCUGACGUGGCCUCGGCACGGUAAGCGGUUUGACCAGUGGCAGGGGCUGGGCCAGGCCGCGGGCAGGGCAGUGUGUCGCCUGGCGGUGCCCACGGCGCUGGCUGGUCUGAGAGGCGGCGGUGAGGCGGCGAGGAGGGCGUGAGGAUAAUGAGUGAGAAGUGAAUAAAGUGAGUGGAAGGUGAGAAGUGAGUGGUGGGGAGUAGUGAGAGUGAGAGUGGCGAGUGGUGAGUGGGGUUGUCCCGCGUGGGGUGGCGGGGAGGGAGUGUGCGCAUGAAGGGUGUGUCUAUUGAUUGAGGUAGCGGGUGGUGUGGCUCAGCGCCCGCCUCAGUAUGGUCCCGGCAUGAGCCAGUGAGGCCGCCAGGCUCCCCACAGCCCGGCACCACACUCACCACCGCCGCCGCCGCCGCCGUGUGCUGCCCGUCACCCACCCACUCACCACCUCUCACCCAGCCCACCCCACGCCACAGCCCGCGCCGCGCCACCCACCGGGCACACCCACGCUGCCCAUGACCCGUUGCUGUGGUGGGCGGACUCUGGCCCCCCGCCGCCCCCGCCCCCGCCCGCGAGGCCCCCUUGAGUGUCGUCGGUAACUAUGCGCUGUGGGUCAGGGACGGGCCGGGGUUAUGGUGUGUCGGCACUGUCCGCGGCCCCCCUGGCGUCCUGCCCCCAUCGCCCUCCUCCUGCCGCCGCUCCUGCUCUCCCUCGUCCUCGCCACCACUCAAAGGCCGCACACUAACACUCCCCCGCCCACACUCUCGCACGCCACCUCGCCACCCACCACCAAAGCCACGGACCACCACGCCCACCAACACUCCCACAGCCACCACACUCACCACCCCAUCCUGGCCGCGGUCAGGAGCGAUACCCAAUGUGCGGCGGUGGCGCAUCUUGACUCCAACAGUCAGGAGGAACUCCCUCAGGAGAAACUCCCUGCCAAGUGCCAGACGUGUGAGGGGGACGAGAAGUGCUUGCGAGGAGACGCCCCGUGCCCGCGGCUCAAGGAAACACUGUGUGACGAGGAGCAAGAGGAAAAGAGGAAAGAAAAAAUUCGUAGGAUCACGUUACGGUACUGCCCCCACCUGGCCCUCCAGUCCGUCAUGUGCAGGAACCAGGCGCGGCGGGUGACGGACACCACCCUGGCCCGCUGUGUCACCCAGGCCAGGCACCUGCAGGAGAUCGACGAUAUGGUGGGCCGCGUCCUGAUGCAGCACUACUCGCUCAUGGCCAAGUACAACUGUGAAUACGAGUACUCCAUCACGCAGAACUGCACCGGAUGUCAGGAAGCGUACAGGUACUGGGUGUGUUCGCAGCUGUUUCCUUACUACAACCACAAUGGCGAGAGAGUGAAGCCGUGUCGUAGUUUCUGCCAUGAAGUGGAGCAGAAGUGUCCUUACUUCCUGCCCAAGUAUAAACCUGUGGCUGGUGAACCUACUUUCCUCUGUCAAGGUAAAGAUGCUCCCGCCGCACCUGUCCCCGCGUCAGAUCCUGAUAUUGGUGAGCUGUCGGAGCAGGAAUCCUCGUACGGCGCGGAAUCCUGUUGUUACCACAUGCUCUGUGGGCGCGGCCAUGGGUCACCUGCUGGAGUACCACGACCGCACGCCUCUCCCGACCAUCUGCACCACCUGCGACUCCACCCCCACCACCACCGCCGCCGCCGCCUCAUCCACCACCACCUCCUCCGCCGUCAGCGCCGCCGGUGGAAGCGUGUCCCCUGAAGCGUCAGAGGGCAACUCAAAGUGUCUUUCAACUAAGGAUUCUUGUUUACUUCACUCUGGCCCCGGCCCUGCUCCGCCGCUAAGCAGUUCCGGCUGCACCUUUGUAUUGAGAAAACAUUGUUGGACUCCUAAAGCGUUAUCCGUAUUGUUGUUAUUCCUAGUGCGGACUGAUCUGUGGCUGCCGCGAGGCUUUACCUAGUGAUUAACGUCCAGAGUGUUGUUGGUAGACUGCGUGGUCCCCUCCCCCAUCCUAGACCCCUCUCGUACCCUCACCAAUAUCUCCAUCUUUCCUUUCCUCCUCCUCCCUUUCCCCUCAUCCAGUCUUUUCUUUGUUUUUCUUCUCACUCAAAGCAUUAUCGCCUCAUUCUCCUUUCCAGUCGUUCAGUUUGUCAUGCUCACCUGUUCAUUUGUCACCUGUCACCUGUCACCUGGCCACUCAGGCUGUUUCUCUCUUUCUCUCUUUCUCUCUUUCUCUCUGUUUCUCUGUCUCUCUGUCUCUCUG